GGAAUCUCAACCACGGUUUGACGUUUCGUAACUCUCGCUGUUGUUUUGAUACAGAGCGUUGAUAUUGUUGCAUUUACGCAAGAACUCGUUGAAUUGUUCAGAAUAAAUGUCGAAUUUUGUGCAAAAAGUUUUUCUUCAGUCCCGUCUACCGCUGGUCUGCUCCAAGCGGUUCCGCGGGAAAAUCAACAUCCAGAGGCCGAGACAACCGCAUUAUGACCGGGCCCGUGUUUUGGACUUGGUGAAACCAAUUUACAAGAAACCUGAUUUGAUCGCCCCAUGCUUAGAGGAGAGUCGCGCCGAUGUUAAAGAACAAAACAAGAAUCCCUACGAGCAAAUUAUCGCCCGUGAAAUCCGCAAUUGGUUAAACCAUAGCAAAAUGAUUGCUUUUGUUCAUCUGAACUCAAUAAAGCAGGAAGAUUUCUUCAAAGUCCAGGUGGCACUCCAUCGUCAUCAAAUGAGCAUCAAAGUGUACACAAAGUCAGUCAUCCGGCAAGCAGUAGACGAUACGAAAUAUGAAGCUAUCAGCUCCUUAUUCGACACGAAAACCGCGCUAGUUUUUUGUCCGGAUGAGUCAAAAAUACGACAGCUGUUGAAUAUUUUCAAAAAGACGCCCCAAUUCAUUCUUCUGGCGGGUAUUAUCCAUGGGCAGUUUCUGAGUAAAAAUGAAUUCGUGAAUUAUGGUUCUCUUCCGGAUUUAACGACAACACGAGCUCAGCUGGCAGCGGUGCUAGAUAGUGCGGGCUCGAAGAUUGUUAGUGACUUACAAUGUCAUCAGAAUCAACUAGUCAGUAUGCUGGAUUUGCACGUGCUGCCGGGAACAGAUAGCGGCACAUCAAAAAAUGAUAGUAAUAAUUAAAAUACGGUUGACGCGAAAGAGUCUGAUUUAAUUAAAAUUCAUUAAGUUCA